AUGGAGGAUUUUGCCAAGAUGUCUGCUGAUUUUAGGCAAGAUCUAGAGUUGCCUGAGUCAAAGACAAGAAUAGCCACUUAUGAAUCCUUCUAUGAGCAGAAUGGCGAUCAUCCCCUCGUGGCCGAAAGACAAUCUACCGAUGAACCGUUACACGAGUCCUUCAAAUCCACUACAUAUGGGGUUAUCCCAUCAGAUUCUAUUGCACACUGGUGA